UGUGUUUUGGCUGCUGCAGUCAGUGGCCAUUUUAGGGAACUUUUUUUCUUUUUUAUGGAGGGGGAGAUGCGGCUCGGUGGCGGCUCUUUGUGCGGGUGUCUAGACCGGACCGUGCAGCAGGACUCCUGCAUCCAGACUGAAUGAACUCCGCCGUGGAUUAGACAUUGCGCGGACUUCCACUCCUCCUCCUCCGCCUCUUUUCUCCUCCCCAUCCCUCUCUUCUCCUCCCUCCCUCCCCUGCCUGCUAAUUUUUUAUGCAUUUUUCUAAACUGUCAUGGCGAUUUGGUGUCCUUGGAAAUAAAAAAAAGCGCCAGUGUGUGUUUUUCUUUUUUUCCCUUCUUCUUCUUCUCUCCUCUCGCUCGGGCUACAACCGGCGGAAAGGAAAGGAUGUUGUCUCGCCGGUGAGGGGGAGCCGUGUGUGUGUUGUCCGGCGUCCUGGAGCAGGUGAGCGGUCCGCCUGGGGAGGGUUUUAUCGGUGGAGAAGGAGUUCUUUUAGUCCACACGUGUAAAGCGGAGAUGCAGUGAAGGGAUAGAAGAUGAAAAUACUCAAGAAGGACAAGCAGCAGACGUUCACUGGCCUCCUGAAGCACACGCCACCUCCGGCCUCCGCUGCAGCAGCCUCCUCCUCAGCCUCGGACCAAAACAGCAACGCACAAACCACAGUUCCCACAAUCCCGCGGGGCCACCUGGUCGUGGGCCCCAAGGACCAGCUCCGCCUCCUCACACCGGUGGGCAGCACGGCGACGUCCAAUCACUGCGCGGCGGCCGGGGUCCACACCGCCAAGCACGGAGCCCCGAGGCCGCCGUCGUCCCUGAGCGAGGAGGACGACGGAGGAGGCGGCGGUCGGGUGAAGAAGAAACGAAAGAAAAAGGACCGGAAGGAAUGGGAGAAAGUGGGAGAGGGGGAGGAGAAGGAGAGCAGCAAACCAAAGAAACGAAAGGAGGAGAAGGUGGCGACGGUCACGCUGAGGAAGAGCAAGGAGCCGAAGGAGAGGAAGGAGCGGCGGGGUAAGGGCAAGGAGGGCAGGAAAGACAGCAGGGCCGAGCUGAAGGCCAAGACCGCGGCCGUCGCCUCCGUAGCAGCUCAGGUGCCCGUUAAGGUUCCCGGCAAAAGAGGGAGGAAACCGAAGAUCAAAGUCCUACCUCCUCUGCCCACGAAUCAAGCGGCGCCUCCCACCCAAGGAGUCCACGGUAAGGUCCAGCUGCAAGGCGGCCACGGCAAGAACCACGGCCAGGCCAACAGCAAGGCUCCAGCCCCCUCAGCGCCCAAACAGAGGGGCCGCAAACCCAGAGAUCCUGGUGCAGCGCCGGUGGAGAAGAAGAAGAAGGGGAAGAGGAGAAACCAGGAGCUGGCUGUCCAGGAGGGGGCCGAGAGCGACGACACUACCUCAAUGUCGGCCCUCCACAUGGGCGGAGAGGACAGCCAGGACCCCCUGGAUAACGCAAAGCGACGUUCGGGACGGCAGGUGAAGAGGAGGAAGUACAACGAGGAUCUGGACUUCAAGGUGGUGGACGACGACGGGGAGACGAUCGCGGUGCUCGGAGCCGGCCGCAUCUCGGCGCUGAACGCCACCGCUCUGGCAUGGCAGGCCGAGGAGCCACCCGAGGACGAAGCAAACAUCAUUGAGAAGAUUCUGUCGGUCAGAACAGCAAAGAAAGAGACGUCAUCGUCUGAGGACCAAGCGGGGGACACCGAGGAGUUUUACGUCAAGUACAGAAAUUUUUCCUACCUACACUGUAAAUGGGCCACUCUGGAGGAACUAGAGAAAGAUCCCAGAAUCCACCAGAAGAUCAAACGCUUCAGGACCAAACAGGCGCAGAUGAAACACCUGUUCACUGAGCCGGAUGAGGACUUAUUUAACCCCGACUAUGUAGAGGUGGACCGGGUGCUGGAGGUGGCUGUUACCACGGAUACUGAGACCGGGGAGGAGGUGACCCAUUACCUGGUAAAGUGGUGCAGCCUCUCGUAUGAAGAGGCAACGUGGGAGCUGCAGGAGGACCUGGACCCCGAGAAGAUCAAAGAGUUUGAGGAGAUCCAGAAGCUGCCGGCAGACCUCAGACACAUGGAACGUCCUCCUCCGGACAAAUGGCAGAAGCUGGAGCGCUCCAGAGACUACCGGAAUGGAAACCAGCUCAGAGAAUACCAGUUAGAGGGCAUGAACUGGUUACUGUUCAACUGGUACAACAGGAAAAACUGUAUACUGGCAGACGAGAUGGGUUUGGGCAAGACCAUCCAGUCCAUCACCUUCCUCUACGAGAUCUUCAGCAUGGGGAUCCGCGGACCCUUCCUCAUCAUCGCCCCGCUGUCCACCAUCACCAACUGGGAGAGGGAGUUUCGGACGUGGACGCACAUGAACGUCAUCGUGUAUCACGGCUCGCAGAUCAGCCGGCAGAUGAUCCUGCAGUACGAGAUGUUCCACAGAGACCCACAGGGUAACACCAUCCCAGGUGUGCUCAAGUUUCACGGGGUGAUCACCACGUUCGAGAUGAUCAUGGCCGACUGUCCGGAGCUGAAGAAGCUUCAUUGGCGCUGCGUUGUGAUCGACGAAGCCCACCGACUGAAGAACAGAAACUGCAAACUGCUGGAGGGACUCAAGCUCAUGAACCUGGAGCACAAGGUUCUGCUGACGGGAACCCCACUGCAGAACUCUGUGGAGGAGUUGUUCAGUUUGUUGAACUUUCUGGAGCCGCUGCAGUUUCCUUCAGAAAGCGCCUUUCUGGAGGAGUUUGGAGACCUAAAGACUGACGAGCAGGUGAAGAAGCUUCAGGCCAUUCUGAAGCCCAUGAUGCUCAGAAGACUGAAAGAUGACGUAGAGAAGAAUCUCGCCCCCAAAGAAGAGACCAUCAUCGAGGUGGAGCUGACCAACAUUCAGAAGAAAUACUACCGAGCCAUCUUAGAGAAGAACUUUUCAUUCCUGUCCAAAGGAGCCAACCAGCACAACAUGCCCAACCUCAUCAACACCAUGAUGGAGCUCCGCAAGUGCUGCAACCACCCCUACCUGAUCACAGGAGCUGAAGAGAAGAUCCUGGAAAGCUUCAAGAAAUGCCACAGCCCGGACGCGCCAGACUUCCAGCUGCAGGCGAUGAUCCAGGCGGCCGGUAAACUGGUGCUGAUCGACAAGCUGCUGCCCAAACUGCUGGCCGGAGGACACAAAGUGCUGGUCUUCUCCCAGAUGGUUCGCUGUCUGGAUAUCCUGGAGGACUACCUCAUACAGAGACGCUACACGUACGAACGCAUCGACGGUCGUGUUCGGGGAAACCUGCGGCAGGCGGCCAUCGACCGGUUCUGCAAGCCGGAUUCGGAUCGCUUUGUGUUCCUGCUGUGCACCAGAGCUGGAGGUCUGGGAAUCAACCUGACGGCCGCCGACACCUGCAUCAUCUUCGACUCAGACUGGAACCCCCAGAACGACCUGCAGGCCCAGGCUCGCUGCCACCGGAUCGGUCAGAGCAAAGCAGUGAAAGUCUACAGACUGAUCACCAGAAACUCGUACGAGAGGGAAAUGUUCGACAAGGCCAGCCUGAAGCUUGGACUGGACAAAGCUGUUCUCCAAGACAUCAACCGCAAAGGAAGCCUCAAUGGGGUGCAGCAGCUUUCUAAGCUGGAAGUGGAGGAUUUGUUGAAAAAAGGAGCGUAUGGAGCGCUGAUGGACGAAGAGGACGAAGGCUCCAAGUUCUGUGAGGAAGACAUUGAUCAGAUCCUUCAGAGACGCACUCAGACCAUCACCAUCCAGUCUGAAGGGAAAGGAUCCACGUUCGCCAAGGCCAGCUUCAUCUCCUCUGGUAACAGAACUGACAUUUCUCUGGAUGACCCCAACUUCUGGCAGAAAUGGGCCAAAAUCGCUGAGGUGGAGAUCGACUCCAAGUCAGAGAAGGAGUCCCUGGUGAUCGACACUCCCCGUGUGAGGAAACAAACCCGCCACUACAACUCCUUUGAGGAUGACGAGCUGAUGGAGUUUUCAGAGCUGGACAGCGACUCUGAAGAGCGACCGUGUCGAACUCGUCGGCUGGGCGAACGAAGCCGCCGGUACCUUCGGGCCGAGUGUUUCCGAGUUGAGAAAAACCUGCUCAUCUUCGGCUGGGGUCGGUGGAAGGACAUCCUGAACCACGGCCGGUUUAAAUGGCACCUGGCAGAGAGAGACAUGGAGGUGAUCUGCAGAGCUCUGCUGGUUUACUGCCUGAGACACUACAAAGGAGACGACAAGAUCAAGAGCUUCAUCUGGGACCUGAUCGCUCCGACCAAGGAGGGCCAGGACCAGGCGCUGCUCAACCACUCCGGUCUAUCGGCUCCGGUUCCUCGCGGCCGGAAGGGGAAGAAGCUGAAGAACCAGCUGAAUGUUCCGGAGGUGAAGAACGCCGACUGGCUGGUCCACUGUAACCCGGAGGUGGUUCUGCAGGACGAGAGCUACAAGAAACACCUCAAACAGCACUGCAACAAGGUGCUGCUGAGGGUGCGCAUGCUGUACUACCUGAAGGUGGAGGUUUUGGGUGAAGCUGCGAAUCAAGCUGCAGAGGGGGUGCCUGCCAGUAAACUGGAGGUGUCGCUGCCUGACAUCGACUACAUCGAGAUUCCAGUGACGUGGUGGGACGCAGACGCUGACAAGUCUCUGCUCAUAGGAGUCCACAAACAUGGAUACGAGCGCUACAACGCCAUGCGAGCUGACCCGGACUUGUGUUUCUUGGAAAGAGUUGGGAUGCCGGACGUCACGGCGCUGACAGCUGAACAGGGAGGAGGAGAAGUAGCAACGGACAUGGCCGACAGCAUUUGCAAAACCGAGGAAGCAAAGGAGGACGCUGAAAGCAAAGCCGACGGAGGGGAGGAUAGAGACGAGAACAGCAAGGGAGAAGAAACCUGCUCCAGCACAGAUACCUCUGACAAGCCAGACAGCACAGGUCCAGACUCUCAGUUGUCAGGUGACUUAUGCGUCCAGGAUGGAACUCUGGUUACCACGACGACCACGGGAACAGGAACCGGGGUGGCCGCCCUCCAUGUGGUCCAGGCCCGGCCCCUGUGGCCCACCGGUCCCGCCCUGACGGCCCGUCUGCGGCGCCUGAUCACCGCCUACCAGCGCUUCACGCUACGCCGAGAGCCGCUGCUCAGGCACGAGUUCCUGCUGCACGACGGCCUCGUGGGGAUGGGCAUCGGAGGAGCUGGAGCCGCUCACGGUCAUCACGCCGGCGGACCACUGGCCUGGCAGCUGGGCGAAGAGCUGAGGAGGUGUUCUGUGGUCGCCACCGAACCGGACCCCCUGUUUCUGGAGUGGCAGAGGAGGUGGACUCGUCGAGAGCAGGCGGAUUUUUACCGCACAGUGUCGUCGUUCGGGGUUGUCUACGACCCGGAGAGGAAGACGUUCGACUGGUCCCAGUUCAGAGCUCUGGCCCGACUGGAGAGGAAGACAGACGAGAGUUUGGAAAGAUACUUCAACUCCUUCGUCAACAUGUGCAGGACGGCCUGCAAGCUUCCUCCGAGGAAGGAAGAAGGCUUGGUGGAUCCCGCUGUGCUCGUGGAGCCUCUGACAGAAGAGAGAGCCGCCAGGACGUUAUAUCGCAUCGAGCUGCUUCGCAAGAUCAGAGAGCAGGUUCUCCGUCACCCGUUGCUGUCGGCUCGCCUCCAGCUGUGCCGUCCGUCCCUUUACCUCCCCGUCUGGUGGGAGUCCGGCAAACACGACCGUGACCUCCUCAUCGGGGCUGCACGCCACGGAUUGAGCCGCACCGACUUCUACAUCCUCAACGACCCCCAGCUGAGCUUCCUGGAGGCCCACAGGAACUACGUCAGAGGACACCCCGCCCACCUUCACCCUCAGGGCCAUCAUCACCCUCACCAUCCAGGUCUGGCGACUCACUCCGGCAUCUCGUCUUCGUCUUCUUCGUCAUCGCAUCCUCAGCUUCCUCAUCCUCACUGCUGCCUGUACGAUUCUGGGCUCGGCCACCACUCCCCUCAGCCUCCUGAAUACCCCCACCCGUCCUCCCACCACCACCAUCACCAUCACCACCAGCAGCACUCGGUGCCUCCAUCUGCUCCUUCUCCUUCCUCCUCAUCCUCCUCCGCUCACCCUCACCUUCAUCCUCCACCGCUGGAUGCUCACGAUUCGUCCUCGCCCAGUCUGGGAAUAGUCCCUGGAUCGCGUGGAGACUUCCUGGACUGUCCUCCUCUGGAUGAAUCUCUGGAGUUGGGAGCGUUGCAGCAUGACGCCAUGUCUGCGGACGCUUUACACGGAGGAAAGACGUCCAAGGAUGCCCUCAAUGGUUUCCCCUUUAACUCAGCAGCAGGAGGUCAAAGCAUGCUCAACUCGUACGGAGUCGGAGGAGCCGACCUGGAUUCAAAACUGAGGAGUGACGUUCUUGUUGGAGAGCAGGGCUCAUCGGAGGAAACCGGGCUGAUGGCGCCAUCGGUGGAGCUGGAUCAGUUACAGGCUCCGUGGGACAGCACCGACCACACCAGUCCUGCUCACCACAUGUUCAACGAGUCCGACCCCAUCCUGGGUCCCUCCGCCCUGGAGACCGGCUUCUUGGAGGAGGAGGACGAGGAGGCGCAGGGGGGAGACCGAGGAGGGGAGGAAGGCGGGACUCUGGAGGAGUGUUUAGGUCUCCCGCCCUCGUCCUCUCCCUCCCAUCCCUCGGCUGGAGACCCCGUCGAGCCCCUGUCCUCCAGUUAUAUUCUCUUUAAGGACAUCGGUGUGAACGAGGAGCCCAGUGCAGAUCAAACCGACCUGUCAGCCAGCCCUCCUCUGCCCUACGUCCCCCCACCACCCCUCUCCCUGUCCGACAUCACUGCCCAGGAACCGCAGGACGGACUCGGUCACUCCGACGUCUCCGAGAGCCUCACCAACCCCGUGGAGGAAGGAGACGACCGGGAGGGAAGUGCCGGCUUUGAGUUCGACGACAAGGAGGAAGAGGAGGUGGAGGACCUGUCAGCAGAGAGCAUGGAGCAGCAGAACGUGGACAAACAACCAGAGCGAAGUCUGGAAGGAGAGGAAAGCAACUCAAACCAAGAUGCAGGUCAAGGUUUAGGGGUCUUGGAUCCACCCAUGGAAGUUCCAGAGAUGGACGGGAUAGAACCAGAACCAAGACUGGGAGAAGAGGACUCGAGAAAAGAGGAGAGCUUUGACCAAACGGAGCACAAAGAGGAUCUAUCCCAAGACCCUUUUCUGGGAAAACUGGUACAGGAGGGAAGCCUGGUGUGUCCCGAGUCUAUCGAAGAGACCGUGGAGGAAGUGGACGGCUUGAUUUUAUACCAGACGGAGAAGGAGGCAACUGUGGAAAACUCUCUUGACGCUGAAAACUUGAUGGAAGACUCAACUGGGGAGUUUGUUCAAAUGAAAGGAAUGCCGAAAACCUCCGGAGACGGCGUUCCAAUGGAUCUUGCCGAUCAGGUGGACGAGAUCUCGGAGGGACAGGUGGACCAGGUCGCUCUGAUCGAUGCUCCAGCGGUACAACCGUGUGAUGAAAUAUCAGAGAACGCCGUGAAACAAGCGGAUGCCAAAACCAAUGAGAUGGAGCUGGAGAACAUUUACUCGGAAUACGCUCAGCCGUCCUGCCCUUCUGUUUCCGUUUCGUCCCCAACGGCACCAUCAAAGCCUGCCAAGGCCGCCAGAGAGAGUGACUGCAAAGAUGAAGUCAAAACCGAAGUCUCUGCGGAUCAGUUUGAGGGUUCAGUCGAAGAGCUGAACUCGGCAGAUGCCAGCAGAGAGUGUAAGAAUAGAGGCCUGACGUUCUCCCUUGAUCAGGACAGCAAAGACAAUCUGCUCGAACAAAAUGAAAUCAAAAUGGCCUCAACUUUGCCUGUAAACAGCGUCGACUCAAAGCCGUGUGAUGUUAAAUUCUCUCUUGUAGCAGACAGCGGCGGCGAGAAAAAGCCAGAGCAGCUGAUCCUGGCAGCCAAAGUCGAGGAGACCAAGAUGGAAACCCCCGAGGACGUCUGCCCGGACAGCUCUGAAGUCAAACAUGCUAACUUUCUUUCGUACGCUGUGAAGUCAGAAGAUUUGGUGACCAAAGCGGAACAGUUAGAAUAUCCUGUUAAAGUCGAAACCCUGGAGACCAAACCUGAAGAUCUAAGCCUUCCCAUGAAGCCCGAGAACUUGGACACCAAACCUGAAGUUCUCCAGUUUGUAGCCUACUCUGAAGUCAAGCCUGAGGUCAAACCGUUAGCUCUGGGCUUCGCUGCUUAUCCAGACAAGCUGAAGACGGAGGCGAAGCCGGAAGGUUUGAAUUUGACAGCGUUUCCGGACACUUCUGCGGUUAAGCCCGAAGCCAAGACAGAAGGUAUCGGGUUCCCGACCUACCCGGACAGCUCAAUGAUUAAACCUGAGGCCAAACCAGAGGGCCUGGAGUUCACAGCUUUGUCCGAGGUCAAAGCUGAGACGAAGCAGGAGAUGUUGGAGGCCGACAGCACGGUCCUGACGCCCAAACUGGAGCAGGCCGACGGGCUCAUAGAAACCUCAGAGAACCCGGUGGUGAAAAGCCAAGUGAAGGAGGAGAGGCCGAGUACGCCAGUGCCUGUGGUGGAAGGUUAUCCGGGCAGCCCGAGGUUUGCAGCUCCUAUCUCCAUGUGUGAGAUACCCGACAGCCUCCAUGAGCCCCGGGAGCCGACCAUCGCCCAGCUGCUGCAGGAAAAAGCACUCUACUCGUUCUCAGAGUGGCCAAAGGACAGAGUGAUCAUCAGCCGCCUCGACAGCAUCUGCCACGCCAUCCUGAAGGGGAAGUGGCCUUCGUCUAGCGAGCAGUACGACUCUCCCGCCUCGCUGGCCGCUAACUCGUGCCUGGCCAACAGCUUAGCCCAGCACCACCAGCAGCGAGCCAGUUUCCUCCCCACCACGGCCUCCAGCUCCGUCCCCGGCCAGGCCAGGGUCCAGCAGACGGGUCCAGGACUGGGCUUCUCCAUCCCACCGCCUCUCACCAGACUACCUAAGUACAUACCGCGGGGCGGCGCUUGCGGGCGCGGAGCUUGGCGCCUCACCUCCUUGCCUCUCUUACAGGAGAGGCUGGUGGCUCCUCCCUUCCUCCCUGAGCUCAAACGAGCAGGAGGUCGGAGGUCUUUCGACUAUGAAGCUGCUGCUGCGGCAGCCGCCAAGGUUUUAGCUGGGAAAUCUGCGCCGUCAUGCCACACUGCCGCUGCCUCCGCUGCCAGCAGCUCCGGCGGUGACAAGGUGCCGGUGGUGGCUCCGCCCUCUCACCGCCCCGGAGCCUUGUUGAUAAACGGUUGGCAAGAAGCCGCCAUCGAUCUGACCAAGUCUUCUGGAGAAAUAAGCACCACGAGCAGCGUGGGGACGAGUGAAGCUGGGAUCAGCCACCACGGCGCAGGCGGCGGUCACAAGCUGCCGCCGCCCCCCAUCACAGCGCCGCUGUCGGGCUCCGUGGGCAUCGACAUGGCCGGGAUCCUGCAGGCCGGCCUCAUCCACCCGGUCACAGGACAGAUAGUUAACGGCAGCCUGAGGGGAGAUGAUUCAUUGAGGAGGAGGAGAGGCAGGAGGAGAAAUGUGGAAGCUCUGUACUCUGAGUUCACCAAGAGCCGAGGACUGCACCUCCCUGAGACACAGGGCCGGGUGGAGGUCAUCAGCCACUCCUCCGUCUCCUCGUCCACCUCCUCGCCUUCCCCCUCCCCCUCAGAGCGACCUGCAGGACCCCCCACUCCCUCCUCGUCUUCUACUCCGACACCCACCCAGACGCCUCCUCAGCCGGAGAUCGUGGCCAUCGACAGGGAGGCGGCCAGCAAAGGUCUGAUCGAGUGGCUCCGGCAGAAUCCAGGCUACAGCAUGGACCUGCCCGCCUUCGCUCACUCCGGAGCAGGUCUGCUGCACGGUUUUGUGGAUCGUCCCAAACAGAGGAGGCAUCGCUGCAAAGACCCCACCAAGCUGGACAUCAACUCUCUGACGGGGGAGGAGAGGGUCCCUGUAGUGCACCGAGGCACCGGACGCAGGCUUGGUGGCGCUAUGGCUCCUGCCAUAAAGGAACUCUCCAGGUGGUUGGAUGCCAACUCGGAGUACUACGUGGCUCCAGACUGGGCUGAUGUGGUCAAACACUCGGGUUUCCUCCCUGAGGGGAAGUUCUCUCGGAUCCUGACUGAACCCGUCAACAGAGAUCCAGGUUCUCGUCGUCGUGGUCGUCGUCCUCGCAGCGAGAUGCCGAAGCCCCUCCUGUCCGUCUCCGAUUCGUCGUCGUCUGGCCUCGGCCCUCCGCUCUUCAUGAACGGCGGUCUGAUCGGCAGCGUGGACUCCAUGGUGGCCAUGCAGAACCUCCGCGGCGGCAUCCCCGGGAUCCCCAUCUCUGGGAUCAUGGCGGCUGGAUUCCCUCACGGUUUCUCCGCCGCUGUCACGGCAGGAGCCACCGGAACGUCGGCAGAAGACGCCAAGAACGGGUUGAGUAUGUUACCCAUGAUGCUCCACGGCAUCCCGCACCCGCACGGCGCCGCGAUCCCUCAACACGCCUUGUUCAGCGUCGGCACAAUGAUGGCACACACGGCGCCGCCACCUCCUCCUCAGCCCGCUUCCUCUUCCUCCUCUUCCUCGACCGCCUCUUCUUCUUCUGCCGCCAAGGUCACUACGACGACGGCGCCGUCUACGUCCGAGGCGUCCAGCCCGUCUUCAACAACGCCCGCCGAGAGAGACAACGCCGCCUCCUCGACUGCCGAUAAGGAGAAGGGAGCGGCAGACGGCAGCAAGCGACCAGAGGCGGCGGCCAUCAUCACCUCCACCAGCAGGGCCCACAUCAGCCCCGCUCACCUGGGGGGCACCGGCAGCCAUCUGACCUUCAACCCCUUCCUGAUCCCCGGCAUGUCCCACGGCCUGCUCUACCCGCACAUGUUCCUGCCCCACGGUGGCAUCAUGGCGCUGCCCGCCAUGCCGCCCGGCGCCGUGGACGGCUCCCCGGGAAGCCCCAAGAGGAGGCGGAAGAGAGGGCGGGAGGAGGGGGAGAGGGAGGAGGAGAAGGCGGCGGGGGAGGAAAGUACAGUUAAGGAAUCCUCGCCUCCCUCCGUCGCCUCUACCUCAGACCCGCCUCCCAUCGAGGAGCUCCAGGGAGGCAACGGACCCUCAGAGCAGCAGGAACCGGACUCCAAUAACCACAGCGAGGGAGGGACGGUGGCGACGGAGAACGAGGAGACAUCAGAGGAGGUGAGAGAGGAGGAGAACGGUGAGGAGCAGAGACAGGCGGAGGAGGAGGAGGCGUAGAGGGACGAACCACUGGCUGCCUCCGGUGCUGCUCUCUUUUUGAGCAGCAGUGUAAAGUUUGUGCCGUGUCUGUCCGUCAAUGUCCAUGUAAAGACUUUUAUUAUGAUGAUGACUGAUAAUAACGAUGAUUAUAUUCAACUUGGUCAUGUUUAUAUACCGGGACCCCCACCAACCCACCUUCUCCUCUCCUCUCCUCGUUGUAUACAACAACAACAACAAGAAAAGAAAAAAGAAAACUAGUGUAAGAAAUGCUCUCUGUAUUCUUUCCCCUUCAUUCUGCAUCAGACUGAGUCGGGACAUUUCUCAACACGCUCUGCAGAAAACAAACCGAGGAGCGGCUUUGGCGGUUUUAAAUGGUCUUUUUUGUUUUUUGUUUGUUUGUUUUAUUUUUCUGGACGUGCGGCUUUGGUUUCCCAGGAAGUUGGGGUCUAAAUUUGUGGAGGAGCAGCACUUGUUCAGGCACACUCCGCUUAAACUGAGUGGUUUUUAUUUGGGAUUAUAUUUGUGCAAUGGUUAAAAACCUGCUAGCUACACGAAUCUGGAGGCGGAAGUGGCGUUUCCUCGUAUACGUGACACUAAAGCAGCCUUUUUUAAUGACAGAAAACACUGGUGAGCAUGAACUAAAUAUGCAGGAGCCACUGUGUGACAGCAGGCCGGAUCCUUUCAGUGUAGCCCUUUGACAAAAUCCUCGAAUAAAAAUACUUUUAGUGCAUUUAAAAAUGCUACCAAACCAGUAAAAAACUGAACUGGUCUCUAUUAGUUUUAUACCGACUAAGAUCAACCAAAUUGUGACUGUAAUAUAUUAACUAAAAGGUCAAGAAAGUCACAAUAAAGAAGAGGUUUAGUGAAUCCCAGGCAUGAAUGUUGGUUUUAAAUUCUAAGACGUCGUCGUCUGCCGGUCCUAAACGCUUCGCCUUGUUUUAUUUUAUUCAUUUCACUGCUGCAAUAACAUUUAUUCUGCACACUAGAAGAUGAGUCCAGCAGAUUUUUCACGUUUUUCAUUUGCUUUCAGAGAUAAAAGCAAAGGAACAAUCACGAGAUUAAUUCGUCGUCACUUUCUAGAUCAAGUUUGUUUAAACUCAGCCACAAAGUCACUUUUUAAAGACUCACCCCCCUCAAGUUUUAGGCACCAAGGACAGGAAUGUGAGAGCUCAGUGGGGCCACCGGGGGGCGCUAGGAGGCAGAUUUGAUUGUAUUCUGUCCUGCAGACACUGAUGUGGGAGAAAACAGGAGAGGAAGGUGCUUUUUAUUGUUGUUUUAGUGCCCUUGGAGGAUGUUUGAACCCUAAAUUUAUGAAUCAGAGAAGCAGCACGGUUGCUGCGUGUUGGAAUCAUGACCUGUAGCAUCAUAAUGUUGUCGUUUCUUGUUUUUUGAGAAAUCGUGUGCGCGUCGUCAACCAUCUGUCCAGGGAAAAGGAAUCUUCUGUUUUGUAUUUUUAAAAAGGAAGGAAGACGAAAUGGGAAGAAGAAGAGGAGUGUCUCGUUGCUCUUGUGUCUUUUUUUCCCUCAGAUUAGUUUUAAUAGGAGUUCAUACUAAGAGUUUCUAAAUAUGUAAAUCUAUCGCUGUAUAUUGCUGUCGUUUUUUUAAAAAAGUGCACCAUUUAUUUCUGUUUUUUUCUCCGUUCGGGGGGAAAAUACUUGACAUAUGCGAGGGUUUUUUUUGUUUAUUUUCCAGUUGGUCCCAGUGUUUUCUGUGUCAAACAGACUGUACUGUACAUUAAAAGGAUGCAAGUCGCUGGUUUUAUUCAGUCUUUUCACGGCGGGGGGAAUGUUUUGGGCUCAAAUGUUUCCGUUUGUGUUUUCAUUCGCUACCGUUCAAAAGUUUGGGGUCACUCAGAAAUGUCGAAAAGCAAUGAAGAUAACAUGAAAUUAAUCAUAAAUCCAGCGUAGACAUUGUUAAUGUGAUAAAUGACUAUUCUAGCUGGAAACAGCUGAUACCUUUAAAAAAUUCAUGGCAGAAAUCACGGCAACGUAGAAUGUGACCAUUUAAUAUAGAUGAACCCACAAACAAAAUGACCUUGUGUUGAGCUCAGGCGUGUGUUCUGCAUGUGUACCUUAUCUACGGAUACUGAAUCACAUGAUCUAAAUAUGUAGUGAGCGGUGGGAAUUAAUGGGACUCAGAAACACCCCCACAAUUUAAUCAACUGUUCCUUGUGUCAUUUCCUACAGAUGAGUCCCGAUAAGUCCUCAGUGGUGGAUUUCUAGUAGGAUCUCAAUCAUGUGAUCAUCAGCAGGCAGCAGGUGUAGUGUUCACUUGUUGUCAUGGUUACACUGAUGCCAUGCUGCUAUCUCAAAAUGACACAGAAAUCCUUAAGAAAUCCAUGGAUCCAGACUAUAAGCUGCAUCACUGCUAAAAUCUAAUCACUUGGUCCUUGUGUCAUUUCUGACCUUCCCUGAAAAUUUCAUCCAAAUCCAUUACAGUAGUUUGUUUUUGGGUAAUGCUGCUCACAGACAGACAAACCAACGCUGAUCGUCACAUAUCUCCACUGUUUGAUGGAGUAAAAGGUGUGAGUUUUCACAGAACCCAGCACAUUGUCUGUGUGAUCCCAAACUUUUGAGCUGUGGUGUGAUUCUGAAAACAUCAUUUUUGCACAGUGUCUAUUUUGUGAAUGUUACCUUCCUGUAUCGUCGGGUUUUGUUGUUUUUUUCUUUGUUUUCUUUCCGUUAGAUGUGUGUCAGAGUGUGUGAGGGAACGUUUGUGUGCAUGCAUGAGCACACGUGUGGAGAUGUUUCUGCUUCUGUCUCAUCCUUACAGGUCACAUUUCUUGUCGGGGGGAAAAAAAACAAAACAAUUGACAGUUGUUGCCUUGUCACAGGUUCGUGGCUACGUAUAAUUUAUUCUACUUUUGCUUUGCCAAAACUUUUACCAAAUAUGACAUUCUUUUCUUCUGUCUUUAGUUUUUUUUUAUGUAUUAUUCAAAAACAAUGCCUUAUUUAGCGAGUAUUUUUGUUGUGUAGAUGUUCUGUUACAUCUCCGUAGAGGGACAUGUUAUCAUGUGUUUGUUGUUUUUCUGUGCAUUAUCUCCACAGCCAACAGUAACAGAAGGUACCACUGUUCAAAUCACUACAUUUACUCCUAAAAACACACAAAAAAGACAAAAAGUCAAUCAGUUUUCCCUCAAAGCACAAAUGGAGAGUUAACAAAGCGUGACUGUUUGCUUACCAGUGCCUCUAAAAUGACUUCUUUUUCUUCUGGUUCUUUUCUUUUUGUUCUUUUUUGUUUGUUUGUUUUGUGGAAUUCACUUGCACACUAUGUUGACAUCGCCUCUGGAAAGUAAAAAUAAGUGUUUGAUGAUGCCGUGAUGUUCUCUGGAGGAGGUUCUGCUGUUUUCCUUCAGUCUGGGUCUUAAACCCUUGGUAAUUGGGAGGCUCACAUGUGAGUUAUUCCAUGGAAAAUCAACCAAACAUGGGGGGAAAAAUCCAUCUAGCUCCUUUAGUUCGUCAGAUUUUUCCAUCUACAUUAACUUUAAUGUAUUUAAUGAAGCCAAGCAGAGUCUUACCUUCACAUUAGGAAUAUUUUCACAGUUUCAGACCUUAAAAUGCAGCAAAUUUCAAGCUUUUUUCUUCAUUUCUGAGCGUCAGAACGUCUUAAGUACACUAGAUAGACACAUGGAGCUUUCAGGGCUUUUUUUAAAGGAAAAAUGUACAAAUAUUUAGCUUUCCAUUGGAACGCAUUUGAUGCUUUGGGUUCUAGCUGUUUGUCAGACAGAAAAAACAUGUUCCAAGAUGCCAGCUUUGGGAUUUGACAAACUGAGAUGGAGAUUUCUCGCUGUUUUCUGAUGUUUUGUCGGCCAAACGGUUCAUCCAAGAUGAAAGUAAUCAUUAGCUGCAGCUCAUGAGGAACCUUAAUGAGGAACCUUUAAAGAACCACAGAAUAGUUGGACGUUGGUGUGUAAACAAGUCGAUUUUACAUCACCUCCACACACCAGUCUGGAAUGACCCACAGUCUAGUUUCUGAUCUGUCUGAGUCAAACUGGAUGCCUUUGAGUCAUUUUGGACAAAUUUAGGGGAAAAAAAGAAACGUUCUGGGUAAACCUUCAAGGCUCAUAUCGGCAUGUUGAUGGGUAAAGGUCAGAACAAGUUAGAGACAAUGAAAGGAGCAAUUUUUCUACCUGUAUUUUGGAUUAUUUAUGACAUUUUGGGUCAUUUUGGAGAAGCUUUUGUCAUUUUGGCCAAAAAUUUUGCAACGUAGGAGACGUUUCUGAUCAUUUUAGGUGAGUUUUGGCGUCAUUUUGGAAAUCUUUUGAGUCAUUUUGGACAAGUUUAGGGGAAAAAGACACAUUCUGGGUAAAGUUUCAAGGCUCGUCAGCGUGUGAUAGGUAAAUGGUCAGAACAAGUUGUAGACAGUUGUAGGAUCAUUUUUACCAACAUUUUGAUCACUUGACAAUUUUGGGUCAUUGUGGAGAAUAUUUUUAUCAUUUUGUGCAAAAAUGUAGCAGUUUAAUUGACAUUUAUGAUCAUUUUCGGUCAUUUUGGACGUCUUUCGACUCAUUUUGCGCCAUUUUUCAGUCAUCCUGGAGAGAAAAGGUUUAGGGGGAAAACUGCAUUCUGGGUAAACUUUCAAGGCUUAUAUCAGCAUGUAUGAUGGGUGAUUGGUCAGAACAAGUUAGAGACAAUGAAAGGAGCAUUUCUAAUCUACAUUUAAUAUCAGGAUCAUCAAAUAGACACGAUACACUCUGAGGCAAAACCAAUUUCUAAUGUAGUUGUAUUUAACACUCGUGAGCAGAUUCAUUGUUUAGACUGUGACACCUGGAUGGAUGUAGAACUGAUCUGGUUGCAAUUUUUAGCAGAACUCAAAUGUCGUGUUUAUCUGCUGGACUGACGAAGUUCUGAGGCUCAGAAAUGAUGGAAAAAUUACUAAAAGGUGUGAAAUUUGUGUCUACUUCAUGGGUCUGUAAGUGAAAAUAUUGACAGUAUGAAGGUAGAACUCUGCUUGUUCUCAUUAAACACCUUAAAGUUACUGUAGAUAAUUAAUCAGCUGAUUCUGAGGAGGUCAAGUUGCAGGAACUGAUUGAUUUUGUGCAGAUUUGAUCAGUUAAUGAAAAAAACACUGCUCCCCUACUGGCUCUUCAGGGCACUGCAGGAGCUCCUUUAUUAGAUAAUUUCCUGCAGAAACCUCUGAAUUUCACACUCCAAACUCCAAUAGAUGACUUCUUUACCAGUGUUUAGUGUCAUCAGAUCUCCAGGAAUAAGAUCCAGGUUGAUAAAUGUCAGAAUUCCCCUCGUCAGGAUUCAAUCUGCUUCCAUUCCUUCACUGCAGAGGCCUUGUGUUCACUUUCUUAGCACAUCUGGGACAAUAAUGCGCACACAGUAUGUAUCCAACCCAAGUAUUUGAUUGUUCUCGUGUGUUCUUAGAGAUUCCUAAAGCGAGAAAAGGGGGUUUAAACGAUCUGAAACAGCAGAGAGCAGACGUGUAGUUGCAGAGGAUGCACAUCGUAUUUCUGUUUUAGUUUUACUGGCUUGUUUUUUGUGUCAAAACUUGAAACAAACUGCAGUAUGUGACCACAGCUGGAGGUCAACCACGGCUCUGUGUCGUAUGUUCGCGUCACGCCAAGCCUUCUUUAACAGUGUUUCUGUUCUGUUCUCAUUGAAGUCCUUUUUGUUUUGGUUAACUUAAAACGGUCACCUCAAAAUGUUUAUCUCUGAUCAUAAAUAAUGUAUUUAUUGUACAGUUCUCGUCUCUGUGUUGUCGUCUCAUGACCGCUCCACGGCUGCUUUUGGUUUUUUGUUUGUUUUUUUUGGUUCACAUGGAAGUUCAGCUUUUCUUUGUCACAUGUUGGAUCUGGUUUUAUAUCGGAGUUACACGUUCUUCACAUCAAGCAGUCUGUGGGAUUAUUUUGUCCUGAUUCUGCGAUUUUUCUCCAAAUUCUGACAGUAUUUUUCAGCUCUAGAAAGAGAAAAUGACUGAAAUGAGGGUUUCUGGAAGAGACGUUCACAAGAUUUACACAGCCUCAGCUCCUUUGAUGGAAAAAGUCUCAAAUUUUUAGUCAUUUCCACCAUAAAAUAUCCACAACAUCCGUAAAUGUAGAUGGAAAAGUCACUAAAUCAGACGACACAUGCUGGAUUUUGUUGCUUGUUUUCAUUCUUUUUCCAUCUUGUCACUUGUUUCUGGCCGGAUUUUUUCCAAGUUGCAACCAACCCACGACUCGUUGGUUUAAGAAUCUUGGUUUCAGCUGCAGACUUUUAUUUAUUUCCAGUGACCUGCAAGAUCCCCUGUCAGUUCAUUUAUCGUUAAUUCUGACCUUCAUGUUUCGGGAAAUCUAAAAAAAAAAAAAAACAAGAAAGAAAUGUUCCAGAUCCUAAACGAGCUCCAGACGCCCCCAAAAACGUAUUAAUCAAACUCAGACCCUAUUUUUGCCUUGUAAAGUUAAACCACCACAGCUGAGAAAUCUGUGUGCCAGGAUGAGGUUUUCACUCCGUUACUCACCGGCUGCUUUCACAGAUGCUGAGGCGUUUUCUCGGCAGAAGAUGCAAACAUUUAACAUGAACUACAGCCGCUGCGCUCACUUCAUUCUCUGAUAAUCGGACAGAAAUAUGGAGUGAAACCUGUCGUUCCCACGUACAGCACAGCGUCUGAACUCACAGCAGUUAAAUUAGCUUUAAUUAAAGCUGCCGCUGCUUUCCUUUUAGUCACAGUUGAUCUGUUUUUGAGAGGCGUGCUGAAGGGAAACUGGCAUUUAAAGUUGUAAAAAAAAAAAAAGCAGCUGGAACGUGUGAUUUAAUGACAAAAGUCGGACAGACUGUGAAGGAUCACAGGUUUGAUCAUUAAAACUUCACCACCUUCAUGUCUGUGAAACCACCCGGAGACUGAACCUUAUUUGACCCUUCACAGCUCCUGUAGUCGCAUCACAAGUGCAAUGAAACUCGCUAGGGUGUUCUUGGUUGAGAAAGUGACUGAUGGUGAAGUCAGAGACCCGGUCAUUAAUAAAUAAGUUAUGUGGUGGGGUUUUUAUCUUUAUUUUCUGUUGGGUUUUUUUCUUAUUUGUAACUAUAGCUCUCUGUAUUCCCAUGUGGACCAAUCUCAUGAGUCAAAACAUGGUAUGUGUGAUCUUUUAUUGUGCAAUAAAAGAUGACUUUCAACUUUA